CGGGCCGGCGCGGUCGUUGGCGGGCGCACGGGGCCGAUUAGCCGAGGGCAGCGCGGCCUCGCUGGCAGAGCCGCUCCCUCGGUGGGGAGGAAUCGCGAUCCUGCCAGGCAGGAGGCCGUUGCUGAAAAGGGACUUGAGGGAGGGAGUGAGUGCAGGAUGACUCAGCAGGGAGCUGUUCUUCAGGGUUACAAUAAUGAACUAGUGAAAUGCAUUGAAGAUUUAUGUAUGCAGAAAGAAGAACUGAACAAACAAAUCCAGCAAGCAGAAGAGGAAAAGAAUAAACUCCAGCAUGAUAUCCAAGUCCUCAGUGAACAGCUGGAGUGUGUAUGUGAAAACCUGGCCCAAAAAGUGGCUUCACGGAAUGAGCUUGAUAAAAUACUUGCUGAAACUGAAGCUGCUUACAUGAAGAUUUUGGAUAGCUCUAGAACUUUACUUAAUGUCCUGAAGAAGGAAGUGGGAGGCUUAAAGCAUUCACCAGAUCUGAAAAGCAAUGUAUCCUGAAACAGUCAAAUGUUUGGACUCUGCAGUGCUAAAAUUCCACUAGGUGAGAAGUGUGGUCAGCCACAGAACCUUACAGCCACAGUGUAAGCAGAGAGGGAUUUUCUUCCAGUCUUUCUGUAUGUUUUGUUAUUUUCAAAUGCACUAGAAAAUAGAUUGAAUAAAGUUGCCGUUUUGCUUUAAAAAAUCUAAUUAAUUGAAGACUUCAAAAAGUGGUAGAUAGGUAGUUGAGGUAGAUGGGAGACUGUCAGUUUUGACAUCAUUGUGCUUCAAGGCUUAGAAAAAAGGCAUGUUUUAUUGCUUGACUUCAAAUGGCUCCCAGUAAAUGAUUCUUUGAAAACUGGUGGAUGCAAGUCAGUCAGAUGCUACUUCUUUUCACUUUACAAAUGCUUAGGCUUUACUGCUGGCACCAAGUAGAAAUGAGCUAUUCAGCUUCCUCUAGGAGCUUGGAGUUCUGUCUGAUGCAUGCACAAAGACAGACCCGUUUACAGUAAUUGCCUACUUCAAUAAUAGAGGGAUAAGGUGAGAAAUCAGGAGUAAUGCAGGGCAUGGAGGCUUAAAAUUUAGCACUGUAUGUGGUUCAUGCCUCUUCUGAGGCUGUUCUUCAAAGCUUGUUUAGAAAGGAGGUGUGCUGCAGUGAAAGUCAGGUUUGGUGCAAGUGCAGACAGCUACACCAGGAAGGCUGGAGCAGUAACUCACUUGGGGGUAAAAAAAUGUGUCAGUAGCAACUAAAAGUCCUGAAAAACCACUGGGGUCCAGUUGAAAAUACAGAGGUAAAUGCAAGAGCAAAGAAGAUAAUCCUGGCUAAAAGCUAGAAUAGAAUGUCUGAAAGCCUUUUUAGUGCCUUUUAGCUCUAUACUGAUCUGUUAAAUAAUUAUAGUAAGAUUGUGGAGUAUAAUGAACACCCUGAAAUGAUGUGAAAGAAAUACAAAUGAAAGGUGAAAGAAGAAAAUGAGAAGUGGUUUACAGCUAUCAGCCAUUCUUACAGAGGACAUCAAAAUAGAACUUAGCUUAGAGAUCAGGGAUGACAUAACAGCAUGGCAUAAAUUUCAAUUUAAUGCUGUUUUUUGUUUCUGCUGAACCUCUCUGUUCUGCAGAAAUCUCUCUCAGCAGUGUGUGCACAUACACGUGCAUUUUGUCCCACCUAUUUGUGUGUUACAACAAUAACUUUUUAAACUGUGUCUUGUCAAAUCUUCAUUCAAUACCAAUUAAUUAAAUUGAAAGAAGUGCAGUUGAAAUCUCCUGACUUGAUAGUGAUAUGUCAGUCAGGUGCACAUAUAGAGGGAAUGGAGAUGUGGAUAAUCUUGGCAAUAGCUCUUCAUCAAUAAUAGAGAGCAAAUUUUAUGUUCUUCUGGUUGCCAAGCUACAUCAGGGAUGAGCUAAUCAGAGUUUACUUGGCUGGGCUUCCCUCUGGGGGGUUCCCGGUGGGCAAUGCAGAGGUGAUAAAAGUGCAUUAUCUCAGGGGCUUUGCUGUUGUGGUGCUGCAGCACUCAGGACCACCUGGUUUGUGUUGAGGGGAAACACGAAAAUUUUGCUCUCUUUAGUAGCAAAAAGUGAUUUAUUUGACUGGACAUUUCAUGACAUUCUGUCUGCCCUUAGACUCGUAGUAGUAACUGAUUUAUAAGAAAUAGGAAGAUUCAGGAAAAGUGCUGCCUAAAGAGCAAGAACUUUGAGUUGCAUAUGUAAGCUGCUGCUUCUUAUUAGCUGCACUGGAACUCAAAAUUGUGAAAAGCAAUUUGUAUCACAGAAGGCUCAUUUAUAGAGAACAGUAAAGUUAAUUUCUAGUUUUGAUCUCACACAAUAAUUACAGGUUUGUUUGCCUUAGAGUAAUCAUAAAUAAUGCUUCUUGCUCUAGUGAAGCUGAUAAAACUGAAGAAGCAUUAAGAGAAGCCCUAAAAGACUUUAAAGAAAUCUCCUUCACAGCCAUUAUUAUGUAUAGUUUGUAGCUAUUACAGUGUCAAAACUAAAUAACUGGAGAUGCUUGAUUUUUUUUUUUUACUAAAAAAACUAAGGGAAAAAUGUAACUGUUGACUAGUACUUAUGCACAUUUGGGGGCUUCCCAGCAUUCAAAUAAAAAGCUGAAAUGUUGCUAGAAUUCCAUUCAGUGAUCCCAAUCUAAAGUUUCCAUUUAAAUUCACAUUUAAAAGUGGAGAGAAAUGAUAGAUCUCUAGGGCCUGCUAUUUUUAGAGUAACUCCCUAGUGUGGCAGUCAUCCUGCACCUGAAAAGUUGCUCCUCAGAAAUAGUGUUCAGCAUUAUAUUCUGUAUUUACCCAAAUGAGCCCUUUUAUUGACAUGGUAGCCUUUUUCACUGCUUUUCCAGACACUAGAAAUCUUGACAUGAAUAGCUUUUGUUAAACAACUUCAUUUUGUUCAGAAGACAUGCAGACUUAGUUGGUCCAAAGUAUUGCUGGAAGGGAAGUGAUAAUUUGCAGAUGGCAGCAGCUCUGCAAGGAUAGCCUGAAACAGAAAUUCUACCUGGAAUAAGGCAGGCCCUAAGUUUAAAGUAUACUUAUUCCUAACCUAAUUUUUGUAUUGAAUAUUUAUGACUCUCUGAGUUUGACCUGGUGCUUUACUGGAGUGGUUACAGUCUAGGAGCCUUACUGAGAAAAAUUGGGUUCCUAAUCUAAACUGCUGUGUUGAGUGUUCUGUAUCUUAUUGAGUAUGUGAGGAGACAGUUUUUGAAGCUCCUGUCUGUGCCUGAUUCAGAGGUUUAGUGAAAUGCAUCUGGAUCAGUUGUCCAAAGUCCUGAAUUUAUGUAAAGGCAACUUUACCUGGCUUCCAAAGAACAGAAGAUAACUGGAAGAGAUCUGAUGAUUCCCUGCUUUUAUAGCAAUGCUUCUUGAAAAUGUGCCCAGCACUUCACACACUAAUGAUCAACAGUUUUUUCAAAACAUUUGACUGUUGACUCCCUGCAAGUAAACUGAAGAGAUUUUGGCAGUUACCAAAGAAACUGCUUGUGGGUGGUAUGUUGGAAUAGAAGUUAUUUUCUGUGUGGAAGUGCUUAUAGGAAGCGCUGGGUGAAGUGCUCAUGCCAGCAGCCAUUCACACCCCGUUACUGUCUCUCUUCAUAGGUGCUUGCCCUGCUGUUCAGGUGCCUCCCACAUGCAGUUUCUGUUAAUCACCUUACAGAAAUGGAGGGGAGUGCACUGGGGGUUCACCCUGAUUUUGAGGGUAGGGAAUAAAGAGAAUUUAUGGAUGUGAAGUCCUGGUUAGGGAAGACUGGAGCAUGAGGGGGUAGAUAGAGAGGUGGAGUUUCUCCUGAUUCCUGUCUGCUCUAAGUGUACUUUACUGAGCUGCUGCCUACAGUUCUUGCUACCCAAUAAAUCAAAUUCCAGAAAUCAUCUGAGCUUCAUCUGAACUCUGGACAUUCCCCCCCUUCCUUUAAGCCCACGGAUGGUCAGCAAAAGAGGCAAUCUGUGUUUUGUUUUCUCCUUCUGUCUUUUAUUUCUUUCUGUUCCAGCAGGAAGCUGUGCAAUCUGAGCCUCCUGUGUGCUGGGUAAGUGUGCUGCCAGGCUCACACAGGAUGUUGUUUCCUGUCGUGGAUGCUCUCCUAUGAACAGUCCGCAGGGAAUUGCUCGAGUUUUAUAAAGAACCUCCAGUUCUGUGUGUUCUUGUGUCGCAGACAUUUUUCCACAGAAAUCCUUUCUUUCAGAUUUCUGUGUCUUCUGGAAGGCAGAGGCCUCAGAAGGGAAGGUAAACAAUUGUUAUCAGCUGCUGUGGAAUGCAAUAGGAUUCACCUUGAUUGGCUCAUUUUCUAUGUUUAUAAUUAAGGGCCAAUCACCAGUACAAGCUAGGGGACUGAGUCCUUGAAGACAACUUUGUUAUAGAUUCUUUUCUAUCUAUUCUUAGCUUAGCUAGCAGCUCUGCAAACCUCUCUCUAUAUUCUAUUAGUAUAGUCAUAAUGUAUUAUAUAUAAUAUCUUAAUAAAUCAAGCCUUCUGAUCAAGAUACAAGAUUCACUGUCUCUCUAUCACCAGCUGCGACCCACUCAGGCGCGGUAAUAUUCUUGAUGUAGUCUGUAUGUCAGAUUGACCUUGGAGGGUUUAGGCAGAGGAUUGGCAGGUUUUGGGCUUUUGGUGAAUGCAAGAGAUUUGUUUCCUUGGACUUGGAAUUCUUCAGACCAGGAAGACCAGGCAUCUUCAAAUAGCCAAAGAAUUGUACAUUUAGACAAUGAAGCAAGCUGAAGUCUAAGCCCAGGUGCCUGGACCUUGGAUUGCUGUUUCAGAAUUGAGAAUCAUUUCCAUCUAGGGGUACAGUGACAUUUCCAUCUGUACUUGGGGUACAAGUGUGUUCCACUCCAAAUCCAGUAAGUGGAUUAAGCUGAACUGGUAAUUCUGUAACAAGAACAUUCAGAAGAUUGUUAGCCAAGGGAUUAAAUGUCUACAGUUAGUUCAUCAUACAGAUGAGACUUGUGCAGAAGACCAAUUUCUGUUACUCCUUAGAUGAUUUUGCUGGUUAGGAGAGAUUUCAGUGAUAAGGUGUAGCUUGUGGCUGUUGCCUUAACUUUGAGCAGAUCCUAGAUUCUUGAGGUUUUAUCAAAGAAGUAGACAAAAAAGUUAUUUUUUUAUAAGUUAUUUUCUUUUUUAAUUUCUUCCUUUUCAGGAAUGAGCAAAGAAUUAUUAAUAAAUACUGUAGUGUUGAUUUA